AUGACGCGUUGCAUGCAUGACGUGUGGUCGUCGGGUAGGUCGGGGCGAGGGAACGAAGCGGGGUUGAUCGAGCUUCGUCUUGAUUUGGAAAUGGGGAUCCGACUCGGCGUGCCUGGCCUCGCACCCGUAAAGGCAGAAGAGGCUUCCGAAAAGGUCGGCGACGUCGGUCGAGCGAACGAAUCCAAGCGCGAAGGUGGUCGGAUGCCCAUUGAAGACGAUGCGCGAGGUGCCAUACCAUUGCGUGAUUGUGGCCGGGUACGACCACUCAAGUCCGCUGGCUUCGUCGAUGAGUUCCAGCGCGGCUUCUCGGGGUAA